UACACGUUUCACUCGUUCCGUCGCCACACGCACGUUCCUUUCCAAUUGAGUUGUUACUGUGCGCGUGUACAAACUGUUUAAUAACAAACUCAUUAUUUGUUAUUAUUUUUCAAACCGUUGAUCGAUUAUGCGAAAUUGAUCACUGAUUUUUGAGGUGUUUUGGGUGUUGGGAAAUUUCUCAUUGGAGAUUCGUUGAAGCAAUUGUUGUUUUCGAAAUUUUCUUUUUUUUUGUUUUUUUUUUCUUUCUUAGGAUUGAAGAGUGGAAUUGGAUCGUUCGAGUUUUUGUCUCUCGACGCCUCGGAAAGAUAAUGAACACUUGAUUGGGAGUUGUGCGUGGAGGGAUAAGUGUUGUUUGACAAUGGGCUUUCAAUGGGAGUUUUUGAGAUGCGAAUGAAGAAGAAGAGCAGUGGGAAUCAGUUUCAGGUUAGGAGCCUGCUUGGACGGUCUUGGGCUUUAGCUUGAGGCACCCGUUAACACACACCGGAGUAUUUAUUGUUAAAACGCGGCAACUGUGUGGUGUCAGGGGGCUUUAAUCAUCAUCGUGUAUAUACUAAUAACAAGACAGUUUUAUUAAGAAAAAAAAAUUCAACAGACCUGUUUGUGAUUGGCCACUGGAUAUUAAUGAUCAAUGAUCAUUCAGUGUAAUAUAUCAUUAUAUUGGAGUACUCAGUUCUUCUUUAUUUUGAUUUUUUCGAGAAAAGUUUUGAGUGAUCUGGACUGACUCGAGUGGUGCGUCGGAAAACUCAUUGUCAUCGAGAGUGAAGUAAUAUCUGUAAUUUGGCUUUUGUCAGUCAAUCAUCAAGGAUUAUAACCCGUGGGAGUUUUCACCGUUUUUUUUUACACGUGCCUGACAGACCACUGCCACCUCUCGAAGAGAAGUGACGGACGUUGAGAAAAAUAAAGCAUAAGAAAAUUGACUAGUGAUCAUUGGAAACGUGACAAGUGUUGUUUUCAUUUGAAAGUUCUGUUAUGUUGCAAAUUUUUUAUUCAACACACCGGCAAGAAACUGAGUUUUAACGAUCCGCGGUGAAUUGUGAUUAUUUCAUGAGUACAUCCGAGUUAUUGACAAGUGAUUGAGUACUGUGAACACUGGGGGCGUAUUGUUUAUGGACAUUAAUCAAAGUGUGGAUAUUAUAAUGAACGUUGAGAUGAGCAGUUGAUGAAGAAGAGGAAUAUUGUGAACGAUUUGGAUCAAGGCAAUGAUACGUUACAGAACGAGAUGUCGUCUGUAUUCAGUGAAAAUAGAAAAUGAACAGUGACAAUUAGUGCAGGGAAGAGAUAUUUCACAUUUUUUUCAUUGAGGAAAAAUAGAAAUAGAUGUGGAAUAAUGUACGCUGUAUUACUGAGUACGUAUACAGUUGGUGAUAAUUUGGAGUGAUUUGAAUAAUAUUAUCCGGCGUCGUGUCUCCGUAUAAAGAUAAAAGUGAGGGUGAGGUGGUGGAGAACGACGACCGGAGGUGGAUUUUUUUUAAACCAUCCAAGAACAUCGAAGCCGUCAAAGUGGCUUCGUCACUGGGUCUCCAGGGGCCAUCAGCGCCAAUUGGUGCCCAAUUGUUGGCUUCUGGUGGUACUGAUGAUGCAGCUACCGCUACAACCGUUUACCACGCCAAUCUGGUAACCGGUAGUAAUACAUCGGUGACAGCGGCACUACAGCAGCCAAUACUUAAUUCAUUGAACUCAGCAGCGGCUCUUGCAACUAUGCAAGCCUCUGCAGAGACUAAUUCACUUGAUCUGCAAGCCAUGCAGUCCAUGGAUUGGUUGUUUAAGAAGGAGAGGAUCUAUCUUCUCGUACAGUUCUGGCAACAGAGAGCAACGCUGGCUGAGAACGAGGUGACCACGUUGAAGGAGCAGCUUGCUGCACUGACUGAUGGUAAUUCUAAGACUGAGGGACAACAGCAGAAGUCCCAAAAUGCACAGAGCACAGAUACAAGUCAUGAUCAAAGUAAUCCAAGGAGAACUCCCAACAGUAACUUGGAGCAGGAGCUUCAAGCCAAAGAUAAAGAGAUUAAUCAACUGGUCGAGGAGGUAUCGAGGUUACAGCAGAGUCUUCAACGGCUCCAGGAGACCAGUGCACAGGCAACGGCGAGACUCGAGGAGGAACUUGAUAGCAGAAGACAGCAUAUAGUGAGAUUGGAGAGCAAGUUGGAGAGACAACGGGACUAUGAUGAGCUUAAGAGGGAAAUAAGUGUAUUGAGAUCGGUGGAUUUAUCGCAAAUACCCACUGGUGAGCCUGGUAAGAGCCUUGAGCAUCUGUUGAUGGAAAGAACGAAGGCUCUACAGCAGGCUGAGACCUUGAAGCCACCUAGCACACCUGAUGCACUUGGUGGACUAGCCUCACCACUGCAGCGCGCUGCAACCGCCUCGCCCCAUGGCAGUGGCGGUGGUGUUGGCAGCGGGAGUACACCCGUUACCCUCGUGUCCACCCAACAGGUGCUCCCAACGCGCUCCACCCCAACACCCUCAUCGGCCACAUCAACGGCCGCCUCGGGUCUCCUAUUCCCGCCUCCUCUUCAAAAUGUCGAAACAUUUGGCUCAUUCCUUGGUGAAGAGAUAGUUGCCAACUGGAGGCGGUCCCUGGAGAGAUCAAUAAUGAGCCAACAGCAGCAGCAGCAGCAGCAACAGCAACAACAACAACAACAGCAACAGCAACAAACAUCACAAUCGUCAAUCGUCCAAUCACAACAAACCCAAUUGCCCCAACUGUCCCAGCAGAAUACCCAAUCACCGGUACAAACUGGACAGCAACACACGUCGCUGUAUCCAUCAACAACACCAAACCUAAAUCACCUUCCAUCACCAACAGAUCCAGCAUCAUCGUCGAAUAAUGGUCUGAGUGGAGCAGUGAAAUCGAGUACACCACUUGGUAGCCUGGAGAACAUCACUGAGAAAGCACCAACGCCGAUACCUGGCCACGAGACACCAGCACCACCAAGACCCUCGUCAACGGCUGCGCUGACAUCACCAUCAGCUAGUCUUCAGCCACCAGCUAGCUUGAUCGAAGCUGCCAUGAAUGGUGCAAGCAUGCCUGGACCCAUACCACCAAAGAGCCCACACGAAGAGUCAUGUCACAAUAACAACAAUAGUCAUCAUCUUGCUAACAAUAAUAACAACAGCAUCGGUAGUCUGAGUGUUUUGGACAGUCUCAAGAGUCCAUUUCGCUUCGACGACAGAACCCAUCCGUUCCGAUUUUGCGAUGAAUUUGGGGCUGCAGGAAUGGCUGGCAGACUCGGUGAAUCACUCAUACCCAAGGGCGAUCCCAUGGAAGCACGUCUACAAGAUAUGCUACGCUACAAUAUGGAUAAAUAUGCAUCACAGAAUCUUGAUACACUUCACAUAGCAAGACGUGUUAGAGAACUACUGUCUAUCCACAACAUUGGACAACGUCUGUUUGCUAAAUACGUUCUUGGACUCAGUCAGGGAACUGUCAGUGAACUAUUGAGUAAACCAAAACCAUGGGACAAACUAACUGAGAAGGGACGUGACAGCUACAGAAAGAUGCACGGAUGGGCCUGCGACGAGAAUGCCGUAUUACUGCUCAAAUCUCUCAUACCGAAGAAAGAGUAUGUUUCAGGCAAGGAGCAGGGUAUGCCAACGUUCGGCCGCCCACAGGAGGGCGGACCACCUGACAUGAACGACGAGAGAAUUGCCCACAUGCUCUCGGAAUCUGGACACCUGCAGAUGAGUCGUGCCAGUGAACACGACACAUCCAACGACGCUGACAGUAAGAGUCCGAGCAGACUGGGAUGUCCGAGCCCAUUCGGCAAAGACAGGUACGACAGUCAGAACAGGAGGUUGAAGAAGUACGAGAACGAUGACAUUCCCCAGGAGAAGGUUGUUAGAAUUUACCACGAGGAGCUUGCCAAAUUGAUGGGAAGGAGAACCGAUGAUUUGCGCGGACCAAGAGAUUUUCCUCCAAGCGCGAUGUUUCCCCAUUUUUUCAGUGGAGCCCAGGGUAUCCAGGGAAUGGAGCGCACCCAGGAAGAGAUCAGACUGACUCUGGACGCCUACCACAGAGAAUUCCAAAAGUUGAAUUCAGCAUCAGGUGGAAAUGCGGCAUUAGCGAGCCUCUCGGGUCUACCAAGUCUACCAAGCCUGAUAGCCCUUCACCAGCAGGCCCUCCACCAAAAUCAUCUAGCAGCCAAUGGGACUGGUGUUGGUGUGCAGGAUCUCAGUCUGGGGAAAGUCGAUCCACGUAGUAAAAUAAUGAAUGGGGUUUCCGAGGAGGAUAAAGAGAAAAUGGAAGAGGCAAUGAGACACGCUGGCAGUGCAUUUUCCCUCGUAAGGCCAAAACAAGAGCCAACGGGUGCACAAUCUACCCCAGGUGGAUCCAGUGCUAGUUCACCACUUGGUAAUUCAAUAUUACCACCUGCCAUGACACCUAACGAGGAAUUUUCUGGUGCUGCUGCAGCAAGUCCACUACAGAGAAUGGCAUCAAUCACAAAUAGUUUGAUUAGCCAACCGUCCACACCGACCCACCACUCAGCAAAUCAACGACCCCUCAAAGCCGUUCUACCGCCAAUAACUCAACAACAAUUUGAUCUUUAUAAUAAUCUCAACACUGAAGAUAUUGUAAAGAGGGUAAAGGAACAACUGUCACAGUAUUCAAUCUCUCAGAGGCUCUUUGGCGAGUCGGUUCUUGGGCUCUCACAGGGCUCAGUAUCUGAUCUCCUAGCUCGUCCCAAACCCUGGCACAUGCUCACCCAGAAGGGGCGAGAACCAUUUAUCAGGAUGAAGAUGUUCCUCGAGGAUGAACAGGCUGUGCACAAACUCGUUGCUAGCCAAUAUAAAAUUGCUCCAGAGAAGCUCAUGAGGACCGGCGGCUACGGCGGCCUGCCUCCUUGUGGGACUCCAAUGAAGCCAAUGCCUCCCACAAAACUCGUCCAGGAGCAGCUUCAGAAUGCCGCAAAGGCCCAAGCCGCGGCACAAGCGGCAGCGGCAGCAGCUGCGCAGCAUCAAGAGCACCAAAUGCAAUUGGGCCCACCAUCAGGUCCACAGCAUGGCACUCAUCCUGCUCCACCGGCUCCAAUGAUGCUGACCCCACCGGGACCACAUCAUGGAACAACUCACGGUGGUCAACUAUCCAUCCAAGAGCUCCAGAAAAAGCAGCACCAACAGCAGCAGCAAAUGGGUCUCCACUCACCUCACCAAAUGACACCCUCACCCUUGCGCAUUCUCCACUCUCAUGUUUCCCCAAGUGUCUAUGAGCUAGCGGCAUUGACGCAGGAUCUGGACACACAGACAAUCACAACGAAAAUCAAGGAAGCCUUAUUAGCGAAUAAUAUUGGCCAAAAGAUAUUCGGUGAAGCUGUUCUGGGUCUUUCCCAGGGUUCAGUGAGCGAACUCCUGAGUAAACCAAAGCCUUGGCACAUGUUGAGUAUCAAAGGUAGAGAACCCUUCAUUAGAAUGCAACUAUGGCUUACAGACGCUCACAAUAUCGACAGGCUUCAAGCCCUGAAGAACGAGAGGCGUGAGGCGAAUAAAAGACGUCGUAGCAGUGGUCCAGGUCAUGACAACAGUUCAGAUACAUCGAGCAAUGACACUGCGGACUUCUACCACGCGUCAGGCUCUCCCGGGCCGGGUCCUCCCUCCGCCAAAAAGCAGAGGGUCCUUUUCUCUGAAGAACAGAAAGAAGCAUUGAGACUGGCAUUUGCCCUAGAUCCCUAUCCAAAUGUAGCGACCAUUGAAUUUCUCGCUGGUGAACUUGCGUUAUCAUCAAGAACAAUAACCAAUUGGUUCCACAAUCAUCGAAUGAGGCUAAAACAACAAACACCUCAUGGACAGCCAGAGCCACAAUCACCUAGAGAACCUGCACAGCCGUUUGAUCCAGUACAAUUUAGACUGCUGUUGAACCAAAGACUGCUUGAGAUACAGAAGGAGAGAUUGGGACUGGGUAAUGUACCAAUUCCGUACUCACCGUACUUCAAUCCAAAUCUCGCGACGUUGAUGAGUAAUGCUCUGAAGGAGCAGUGCUCAGGGCUCGAUCUCUCGAUGGGAUCGUUGAAGAGAGAGCCUAAUCCGGAGUUUGAGGAUGACGAUGGGGAUGAUGCGAUGAGUAAUCUUGGGAGUGAGGAUUCUGAUGGCUCGGCAUCGAGUAUAAAACGUGAGCCCAAUGAUCACAAUCAAACUCAGCCAACUGCUGCUACCUCGGUGAGAUCCAAUAGGAGAAAACCAGCUGCACCACAGUGGGUGAAUCCAGAGUGGCAAGAGCCAGCAAGAACCGGUGAUGAAGUUAUUAUUAACGGUGUUUGUGUUAUGCAGACUGAUGAUUACGGUGUUAAGAGGGAGACUGAAGAGACGAUAAGAGUUGAACCAACACCAGUCCAGGACAGAUACGAUGAUGAUGGACAGAGUGAUGUUUCAUCGGUAUCCGGGAAUAAUGGGCAGGAUCGUGAUAGUCCGAUGCCAAGUCCAAAAUCAGCUCAAAAUAGUCCAAUUACCUCACCAAGACCACCGUCGCAACAAAAUCCACAGGAUAAUGGGGAGAGUCCAAAGGAAAUUGUUAAACACGAACCUGAAGAAACGUGGGAUUACUAAACGAGUAUUUUUCUCUUCUUUUCGUUGACACAUUGUUUUAUUAUUUUCGAUUUCUCGAGUAAUCGUUUUUCGUAAUUCAAUGCAAGUGGUUCGUCUGGCCAAACUGACGUUGUUCUGCUUAAAUGAAGUAAACAUAAAGUGAUCUUAAAGAGAAAAUUUAUCUAGGACAGAUGACAGAAUGGUGGAGAAUGUUAGUUAUUUAACGUAAGUUAUAGAUACAAGUGUAGAUUUUUAGGUUUCUAGGGAGACUAAGCCAAGCGAUAGGAUUCGAUAACUUCAAUAGUAUAAAUACCGAGUCCUGCCUAUCAAAUUGGGCAUUAUAUCGAAGUUUAACGAAAAUGUGUGGUGAACGACUGAAUCACGAAUAAACGGUGUAUCAUUUAUUUGUUUAUUUCAUUUUAUUCUUUUCGUUUGUGGAUUCGUUUCCAUUUUUAUGAGGAAAUGACGACUGCAACUUUGAUAAUGUUUUAGAAAUGGGAGUAAAAUCAAAAGGUCUCUUUGUAGAAUGAAAAUUAAUAAGACAAAAUGAAAAAAUCCACAGAUGAGCGUCGAACAAAAGAAAUGUAUACUAAACUCGUACAUAUAUAUAGUAUAUCGAAUAUGUAAAUUAUUUAGUAUCAGUGUGCGUGAGAAUGAUAUCAAUCUUACAUUACACGUUUUUGAAUGAUUGAUGAGGAAAAUCAUUGACCAUAUUUGUUCUGUGAACGUUUUAGGUCGAAAAAAUUCGAAAAAACAAAAUUAAAAACAGUUAUAAAAAAUAUUGACAAACCGUAUCACGAGGUAAAUUUAUCUUUUUUCACAAAAACGGUUUCGACUAAAAGUGCAAUCUCUCCCUACAUUCCCCCCACCCCCACGUCCCCCCUUAACUAAACGAACUCUCGAUUAAUUUCUAAUCAAAAGAGGAAAUUAGUGGAAUAACACUGAAUAAUUUGUGCAUACAGAAAAUUCAGUGGAAAUUAGUCCUAAAAAAAAAAUAUCUCGAACGGAUAAAUUACAUAAUCAUCGUGAUUCAUGUGCUGUCAUUCGUAUUUCCCUCCCCCUUUCAACUCCUCUCCCCUAUUUAUAGAUAAUUAACCUGUUGAUGUUAUUUUUAUUAUUUCUUUCCCACUCGAGUGUUUUUUACUUUCAUGUCCAUCUCUUACUUUUUUCCUAUAAUUUUCUUGUUAUUUUGUUGCGAACGAGUGUUCACUCGGCGUUGAACAUAAAGUCAACAGAAAUAUAGAGAAUGAAGAAUGGAGAAUGAGAGAUUUGUGACGGAAAUGAAAAGCAAAAUGGCGAAACGAACAAAAAUGUAGAAAAAUACUUAAGGCCGUUACCAAUGUUAUUAUUAUCUUUUCUAUUAUAAAUCAUUAAUUAUUACGAUUAUUGAUGAGUUGUGGAGAAAAAUUUAUGAUAAUGAUGAUAAUCUUCAUUUUUUUUUCUCUUAGUUAUCAAGAUAUUUCAUCGAUUGAAAUUUUCUGUAAUUAUUAUUACGAUUCAUUGAUGAUCAAUCUUGAGAGUACGUAGCCAAAAAAAAAAAUCAUGGAAAAUGGGGAAAAGUACUAUAAAUAAGCGAACAAAAGAAGGAAAGAUGAUCUUAUUGGUAGAUCGUGAGAAUUUUAUGUAUAUAUAUAUUCUUCUCCUUCUCUUUUUUAUAUUAAAAAAUAUCACAACAGCGAAGGUUCCUCCGAUGCUGUUUAAAUAAAUUAUUUUGUAACAUUACCAAUUCAAUGGUAAAUGUAGGCUUUAUUAUUUUAUUCAUUAUUAUUAUUAAUAUUAUUAUU